AUGAGCGACCUCGCAACAUCCUCAGGGACAGCUUUUGGCCAUGACCCCGCCCACAAGAACAUGCGUAAAGUGACGCAUAUUGCGAAGGCAUGCGUUAGGUGUCGCCGACGGAAAGUGCGAUGUAAUGGUGAACAUCCUUGUGCGGAAUGUGCGGAGAAGGAGACAGACUGUAUAUACGAGAAAGAUGAUCGGAGACGUACCAAAUCAGACAUGGAUGACGUAAAGGAUAGGAUUGCAAGACUGGAGAGAAUGCUACAACGACCAUCCUCGGUCCACUCGGAGAGUAAUCCACUGAAUCGCAAUUCCAGUUCCCCUCCUCCAUCAGCGAAGACAGCUCGUUCGGGCCCAUCGAUACCAACGGGAUCUCUCGAUGACUCUCACUUCUCCAACUUCGUCAAUUUCGAUAGUCUCCCAGGGGAUUCCGGUCCAUCCACAUCCAAUCUACGUGAAUCGAAUACUACCUCCAGUAGCUCACGUUAUCCGGACUUGGCCUUGUCGUCCUCCCAUUUUGAUCGUUUGAAAUCCACAUCUGGUAAUGGUUCAUCAGUCCAAUAUGGAGCGACUUCAAUAUGGACACACGACAAUUACGACGCUCCUACCGUUCCAUCAAAUGACUCAAGAGGUCCAGAACUCCUACCUGGGGAAUGGGUAGAUUGGGGCAAGAAUCUACCUCCAACUCUGAUGAGGGUUCUGACCAAAACUAUACAUGAUCGCGCCAUCGACCACUAUGCUGCAUAUUACGCUUCCUGGUGUAUGGUCUUAGAUUCAGAAGCUUUCAAGAAGGAUCUGGUAAUUUGCAACAUCUCGUCGAUAAAUCUUCAACCGUCAUCUUCGCCAAAGUGGACAUCGCAUUAUUCCCCAUUUCUGCACAACGUCGUACUUGGGUUGGGCCUGUAUUACAACAGAGAGGCAUGGCCUGAAGCAUUUGCCGUCUUAAAAGAGUGCUUUGUCGAUCACUGCACGCGACUUUUCAAGCAGGAGUUUGAAAGACCGCCGUUGAGCGCUUUGAGAGCUGUCAAUUUGUUCGCGACAUGCCUGAACCAGCCACCAAUGGGUGCUCAUGAUUAUGGAUACACUUAUUAUGGGAUGACAGUAGCUAUGAUCCAAGUUCUGGGCUUGAACAUCAAUUGCGAAGCAUAUGUUACCCAAGGUAGAAUGUCACAAUUAGAAUAUGAAUCCCGAAAUGCCGCUUAUUGGGCUGCAUAUCUAUACGACCUGUUACGCUCUAUAUCAGCUGGUCGUAAUCCCAUGAUCGCUAUUUCACGACCCGAGAUACCUUUUCCCGUGAUCUCGGGGGAAAUGGAUGAUACUCCUUGGUAUAGCUCUGCCAGCUCGAUAGGGCAAGAAACUAGAUUAGGUCAUACUCUCAACGGAAUCAAGUCAAUGAGGUCGACUGUAUUCCACUGGACAGCCAGGUUAGGUUGUCUUCUGGCAAAAGUCGUGGACACCUUGUACUCGACGAAGAAUGAGCCCGUCAAUAGGGACGAGGUGAUCGACGAGAUAUCGUCAAGCUUGAAUAAUUGGUACAACGAACAACCAUUCGCAGAUCCAAAAAUUAUCCCUUUACCCCAUGUGAUCCUCCUACAUAUCGCAUAUCAUCUUACGAGGAUAUUCCUUUUCAGACCAUUUUAUCGGUCGAAUGUGACGUCUUUAGAAGUAUCUCCAGCAGACCAGUGCGACAGAGCGGCGAAAUCCAUCCUUGGCCUUCUUAAGCUUUACGAUCGAUAUCACGGGCUCAGAUAUGGGGUGGGAACCUUCAUGAAUGCCACAUUCACGAGUGCGACUGUCUUCUUGCUUCGAGCAGUGGAGGAUCAAGCAGAUCCAGUCAAUCUGCAUAGUAGACAGAGUUCGAAGGAUAUCGAGGAGAUCACAUACUUCAUGUCGCAACUAGCAAUCACAUUCCACGAAGCAGGUCGAGGGUUAAACAUCUUACAAUCGUUAUGCUCAGAGUGGCUUCCAUCCUUGGCAAGCAAUCGAGAAGAUACUGGACUGAACAGUCAGGUAGAGGCGAUAGCCAGUGGUAUCCCUCCUAGCGAAAUGUUCGACCUUCAGAACGGUGAUAGUGGGAAUGCGGUGCCCAUGAUGGGAUAUCAGAAUUUCCUGGCUGAAUUCCCAAUGGAUGAUAGCUUUUAUAAUGCUCUGUUGUCCUUUGUGGGAGGAACGUAA